AUGUUCGUGAGGAGGACGGGCAUUUGCAGAAGCCUGGAGGUUCUAGAACUGCCAGAGAAACGGCUGCGUGGGGCUGGAGGGGUCAUGUGGUUCCAGCCUUGGCCUGAGUACAGGGAAGCCCUCGAAACAGUCUGCAAGCCAGGGCAGGAUGUGAACACAGCUAAGUUCCAGAAGGUUUUCUCCAGCAGCCCCUGCAUGCGCGACCCCAGGGCUGAGACCCCACCCCAAGACGGCAGCCUCCAGAGAAGCCGGGUGGAAGGAACCCCUGCAGACAGGCGGCUCCCACAGAGCCCCCCAGGAGGGCCCUUCCGUCUGCACCUCGUCUGUCCUGGGAGCACGGCCGCAGGGGCUGGCCCGGCUAGUGCACUCCUACAGGCGGGCUUUACCCCCGCCGCCGACUCUUGCGAUCCGAGCCGGGUCCUCGUUCCCCGGACGGCCGGGGAGCCGCAGCCCAGGCUGCUCCGCGGGCCCAGCCCCAAAGGCCGGACGGAGUCGCCCCUCCGGUGUCUCUGGCGGCCGGCGUGCGAGUGGGGGUCCCGGAUGCAAGGCCUUGGCGUCGCGGGAACCUGCUCCCCAACACAAAGCCGCGGCCGCGCAGGUGAGCGCGGCGGAGCCACGUUUGAGCCGCCUCCGCUCGGAUUCGGGAGCCAAAGGGGCGAAGGUUCGGAGAGCAAGGAAACGAAGGAGCGGGGGUCGGGGGCGCGGCCAGAGACCACCCCAGUCUCAGCCCCGCACCUCCGGUCCCGAGGCCCCACGCCCUCAGCCCCCACAGUCUGUGCCCCUAGCACGCGAUCACCCCAUGUCCUCAGCCUCCCAGUCCUCGACCGUCCUGCGCCCCCAGCCCCCAAUCCCACCCUUCCAAGCCCCAAACUCCACCUCCGCGCCCCCAGCCCCGGACAGCCCCGAGUCCCUAGGCCACCAGUUCUCGACCCCCCGGCGUCCCCAGCCCCGGCCGCCCGCGCCCCCAACCCUCCAACCCCCUGA